AUGGAUGUUUUGUUUUCUCAUCACAAGGGCACCUGCGAGGAUAAGUAUCCCUGCAAAGACGAUGAAAUAUGUGUAGCUGACCACAGGGCAGAUACUCAUUUCUGCAAGUGUGUCAUAGGCUGCCCCAAGAACUGUCUUGACUAUUAUCAAAAUGGUUCCAAAACCAACGGUGUGUACUGGGUUUACCCUGAUGAAGAAGAACCAUUUCAAGUUCUGUGUGACAUUACAACUGACGGCGGAGGCUGGACCACCUUUCAGAGGCGCAUGGAUGGCUCUGUUGACUUUUAUGUCGACUGGGAAUCAUACAAAAAAGGCUUCGGAAAUCUGGAGGGCGAGGUUUGGCUCGGGAAUGACUACCUUCACCGUCUCACUGCAUCUGCCAACAUGUUGUUCCGCACUGAUAUGGAAGAUUGCGAGGGUGACCGACGAUUUGCCGAGUAUACCGCAGGCGACUCAUUGGUAUCUGAGAGUAAGCCCAUCAA